GAACUAUGACUGGUACAGACGUAUAUCCCGUUCCCGUUCUACCAGGGGGUGUGAUUACAGGAACAGGAGGGACAGGGGGUACAGGAGGGGGUGUGGUUACAGGAACAGGAGGGACAGGGGGUACAGAUGGAAGUGGAACAGGGGGAUAUGUCGUUCCUGGUGGAUCAGGAGGGGUAGUGUAUCCAGGAACUGGAGGCACAGGGGGUACAGGUGGAUCUGUCGUUUCUGGGGGAUCAGGAGGAACAAUGACUGGAGGAACAGGUAUGUGCGCGGAUAAACUAAACAACUGUGCCAACUACGGCAAAGCUGUCUGUACUGACGCUACCUAUGCUGGUUGGGUCAAGGAGAACUGCCCAGCUUACUGUGGACAGUGUGGAAGUAUGACCAGCGGAGGGACAAUGACCGGCGGUGGCACAAUGACCGGCGGUGGCACAAUGACUGGAGGUACUGGUGGUGUUUACUAUCCCUCAGGAAGCGGAAGUGGUGGGACAAUGACCGGUGGCGGAACUAUGACUGGAACAGGAUCCGAUGGAACUAAGACUGGAACAUCUACAGGCUGUGUAUACAAAGGCCAGGUUUACCAACAGGGACAGACCUGGAAGGAUGGAUGUACAUACAGAUGCACAUGCGCUGAUGCCACCACAGGAAAAUAUACAUGCACUGGACUCUGUGUACAAUGGAAUCUACCACAAUCUUGCCACUUGAAUCCCCCAGCAGCAGGAAAAUGUUGUCAAACACCUAAUUGCCCACCUACCGUACAAAUCCAGUACCCUCCAAACUACGUUGAGGAGUAG